GCUUGUACGGCUGAGGUUUUUAAGGAAGAGCCGUGUUUUCUCUGCCAUGAGCAGCUUUUGUCGUUGUGCCUUACUCGAUCGAGCACUUUGUUUUUAAAACGAUAUGGAGGGUUUCCACACGGUCAAAGGUUUGUAGGGGGUUGCGUAGGCCUAAGCGGCUGUGCCUGUCUGAUGGCUCGAGUGAUUCGAUCAUGUGAAUUAAAAUACGCUCGCUAAACGUCCGGGAAAUCAUCGAUUAGUUCCAUGGUAAAUUUUGGGGGCAUUCUUCACAUCGCAGCAGCGUGCAAUAGUCCUUGCGGCCGUUCAGGAGCAGGAUGCCAAAGAGAAGACGGCAGCUGAAGAGCACCAGCUCGGAGGGUUCGCGCUCGGACGAGAGCGAGGCGGAGCCGGCGCCCCAUGUGGUGACGCGGGGCCAGUCGCGCCGAGAGGCGGUGCUGCCCCCCGUGCCCUCCGUGCCCCAGACCCCUCCCAGGGAGGCCAGCACCGAAGCGGAGGCCUGCUCGCCCUCGAAGCGGCCCCGGCAGCUGCGGACCCGGCUCUCGUCGGAGCCCCUCUGCACCGUCUGCUCCCAGAGCGUGCUGGAGACGAGGCGCAGCCCCCCCGCACUCCUCAUCGCCUGCGCCGAGUGCGACACCUGCGCUCACCCGUUCUGCCUGGGCCUGUCUGACGAGGCGGCCAAGGUGGUGACCACCUACGACUGGAAGUGCCACCGGUGCCGGCUGUGCGAGCGCUGCGCCAAGCCCGAAACCGCCUCUGCCCUGUUUGUGCUGUGCAAGACGUGCGACCGGUGCUUCCACCAGGACUGCUUGCCCCCGCAGGCAAACCGUUCUUACCUCGACAAGUGCAGCAAGUGCAGUGAGGGAGCUGAGGAGGCGGGACCAGCGAACGGAGUGGCGGAGCUGUCGCCAGAGGGGGAGGAAGACUCUCCCCCGUCGACCCCGAAGCGGCCUCGCGUCACCCGCCACAUGCACAGGGGCCGGCAUAGAAACCAGGACGAGUGCCAGAACGAGCCGGUGGCGGCGACUACCCCGAAGCGGCCCGGGGCACCCUCCAGCCCCGAGGCGGCCCACCAGUCUGCCGAGGUGAACGGGGAGGUCACCCCGCCCAAGAGGGGCAGGCCCAAGGGCAAGAGCCAGGAGGGGGAGGGCAGCCCCCGCAAACGUCCCAGUCCCCGGGGGGCGACCCGGGGAGGCCGCAGUCCGGCCAACCGGCACCGCAUCCUGCGUGAGAUGCCCGCUGCCAACGGCCAGUGCCCCCGGGAAGAGCGGGCCGAGGACCGCUGCCCGCUGCCCGGCUGCGACUCCAAAGGUCACCUGAGCGGGAAGUUUGCAACGCACGGGACCCUCGAGUGCUGCCCCCUGUACCACAACACUACGGCGGCAGACUGCGAGGAGCAGUGCAAGGCAAGGACAAGGAAGAAGGCCGAGCGCCAACAGCAGUACAGCAGGCUGUCGCUGAAGAAGGCUGGCCAGACUCCCGAGCAGAAGGAGAAGCUGCAGCGGCUGAUGGAGCAGCGCAGAGAGAAGACCUCUCCCCGGACAAGGUCGAGGGCGGGGCAGAACGCCGACCGAGAGCCAGACCUGUCCAACCUGACACCGUUCUACGACCUGGACAUGUUCAGGGAGGCCCAGGCCAGGGCUGCCGAAGAGAUGGAGGACCAGCGGGCGUCCCUGCGCUGGCAGCGCACGGGGGGCAUCCGGACCUUGGAGAUGGGGCGCUAUGAGAUGGACGUCUGGUACAGCUCCCCGUACCCAGAGGAGUACCAGUGCCUGGCCAAGCUCUACCUGUGCGAGUUCUGCCUCAAGUACAUGAACAGCCACACCAUCCUGCGCAGGCACACUGCCAAGUGCGUUUGGCGCCAUCCACCCGGUGACGAGAUCUACCGCAAGGGCAGCGUCUCCUUCUUCGAAGUGGAUGGGGCAAAGAACAAGGCGUACUGCCAGAACCUGUGCCUGCUGGCCAAGCUGUUCCUGGACCACAAGACACUCUACUUCGACGUGGAGCCCUUCCUCUUCUACGUCAUGACGGAGGCAGAUGCGGAGGGCUGCCACGUCGUCGGCUACUUCUCCAAGGAGAAGAACUCCUUCCUCAACUACAACGUCUCGUGCAUUUUGACGCUGCCGCCGUACCAGCGCCAGGGCUUUGGGAGGAUGCUGAUCGAUUUCAGCUACCUGCUGAGCAAGGUGGAGAACAAGGUGGGGUCUCCCGAAAAGCCGCUGUCGGACCUGGGACUCAUCUCGUACCGGAGCUACUGGAAGAGUGUCGUCCUGGACUACCUGAGGCGUUUUGAGGGCAAGGAGCUCUCCAUCAAAGACUUGAGCCAAGAGACGGCAAUCAGCGCCUACGACAUAGUGAGCACGCUGCAGUCCCUGGGCAUGCUCAAGUACUGGAAGGGAAAGCACCUGGUGCUGAGGAACCAAGUCAACACCGAGUCACUGGAGAGCCUGCCGGCCAAGUCGCGCAAGGUGCGCCACGACCGAGCCCUGGACCCCGAGUGCCUCCGCUGGAAGCCCUACGCCCUGCCCAACCGGUAGCCGCCGGGGAGCCGAGCAAGAGCCGCCCUUCCAGUGUGCGUGCUUGUGCCCGAGCGCCCAGCAUCGCCGGUUUUAGAACAAAGAGGUUUUAGAAGAUGGGGAACGUCCCGCAGCAUCGCGAGAGCUGGGGGCUGCUCCCAAGAAUUUCCAAAAAGAAAGCGAGGGAGGUAAAAAGCAGUCCGCCUUCGUUUCGUUCGCUGUUCUAUGUUUUAGGAGCGAGGUAAGAGUCUACUCGAGAUAAGUGUUUUUAAAUAAAAGGUUUUUCCCAACGAGAA